GCGAUGCUGCGCUGCAUGCCGCCGCUCUGGCGCUGUAACCGGCACGUGGAGGCGCUGGACCGGCGGCACUGCUCGCUGCAGGCCGUGCCCGAGGAGAUCUACCGCUACAGCCGCUCGCUCGAGGAGCUGCUGCUGGACGCCAACCAGCUCCGCGAGCUGCCCAAGCCUUUCUUCAGGCUGCUGAACCUGCGCAAGCUGGGCCUGAGCGACAACGAGAUCCAGAGGCUUCCCCCCGAGGUGGCCAACUUCAUGCAGCUGGUGGAGCUGGACAUCUCCCGCAAUGACAUUCCAGAAAUUCCUGAAAGCAUCAAAUUCUGCAAAUCCCUGGAAAUCGCAGACUUCAGUGGGAAUCCUCUCUCCAGGCUUCCUGAGGGCUUCACCCAGCUCCGAAGCCUGGGCCACUUGGCCUUGAACGAUGUGUCCCUGCAGAGCCUCCCCAGUGACAUCGGGAAUUUGGCAAACCUGGUGACUUUGGAGCUCCGUGAGAACCUGCUAAAGACUCUCCCCACUUCACUCUCCUUCCUUGUCAAGUUGGAGCAGUUGGAUCUCGGUGGCAAUGACCUGGAAGUGCUGGUAGGUGAGGGCUGGGGAGGGGUUUGGGUGGUUGGCAGGGGCAGGUCCAGCACCUCGGUGCAAGCAAGUGGAUUUCCACCUGAAAUGCAAAGAAAGAGACCCUCAGCUUUUCUGGGGAGAUUCUGAUCUGCCCAGCAUGGCCCAGUCAUCACUCCCAGAUGAAUUUUCUCUUCAUGUGUCAGCCCGUGUGUCCUGCUGGCCUCACACCCUGCUGCUCUGUCCUUUCCAGGCUCUGGGAUGGGAAUUCUCCCUGUCUGGCUGCCAAGGACCUUUCCUUUCCAGCAGGACUCUGCUUCUCUGUCCUGCACUGCCCCCAGCUGCUUUUCUCCUCAUCCAGCUUCCUGCCUUUCUCCUUUCUGAUGUGAUUUCUGCCCCACACAGUGCUGGGCCGUUCUGUGCUGUCCGUGGCAGUGAGGGUAGCCCAGAGUGGGGCUCUGCAUGGAGGGCUCAGCAUGUGGAGAGCGAGGGCACAGUGUCAGAAUUCAGAUUACCUGGGCAUUUGGGGACACCCUGUGAUAUUCUGUGACUUUGCAGCUGGGGGUUGAGCUAUUACUGGAUCUUACUUUUCGUUCUGGAAGGGGUUUUGGCAGAAAUCCAUCAAAGCUGGGAGGCAGAGGGGUCUGUGCAGCUGAGCUGGGCACAGGCUGAACUCACCUGUGAGAACAGGUGUGUGACACUCGAGCCAAGCUCCAAACCCAAAUGCUGAUUGCCCGGGGGCUGUGGGAUGUGAACCUGUGUCUGUCACAGCUGAUGGGGCCACUGGGUCAUGUUGGGUUGGCCAGUGGUACCCAAAUGUUAAUUUUCAUGUCUGAGAGGAGGAAAAUGCAAUUCUCCCGCAAUGCCAGAAUUUCCAACCCCCUGGAAUCACGGGAUCAUUUAGGUUGGAAAAUCCAUCUGAGACCAUUGAGUUCCACCACUCUCCCAGCACUGCCAAGGCCACCAGUAGCCCCAGUCCCCAGGUGCCACAUCCACACAGCUCUAAAGUCACCCCAGGGGUGGGGACUCCAGCUCUGCCCAGGGCGGCUGUGCCGGGGCUGGGCAGCCCUUCCUGGGAAGGAAUUUUCCCAAUGUCCAACCUAAACCUCCCGUGGCACAGCCUGAGGCCGUUUGCUUUGUCCUGCCCCUUGUUCCCUGAGAGCAGAGCCUGAUCCCAGCUGGCUCCAUCCUCCUGGCAGGGAG